UUCCCCAGCACACCCAGGUUAACUGUAGCAUCAAGGAAGAAGAAAGCCAAGCUAAUGGCUCAUGGGCUGCCUGAACAGAUAGCUACUGACCUAUGUGUAUUGGCCUUGGAUGAUCUUCUUGAGAGGGUACCUUCAUUAAAAGCGGAGUACCCAAUUAUACCUGGACAGGUAUUGCAGACCACUGCAGUAAAUACUCCGAAGACGCAAAUCAGCACAGGCAAACCUAAUCCCAUCGAUACUGCAUCUUUGCGCGUAGGAAUUCAGAACUGUGAACCCAUGAAUAAAGAAGAAAUGACAAAGGUCCAUCGUCAUCUGAUUUUAGCUAUCGCUGAGCAGUGGAAAGACGGCGGUGGGCCGGAAUUUUUGGAAUUUAAGCACAUGGAAGGCUGGAUCAUGGUAACUUGCGUAGAUCGUCGUAGUAAGGCUUGGCUUUUAGACGAAUUACAGUAUCUAGAGCCCUGGCCGGAAUCGCAACUCUCGCUUAUGCCAGAGCGAAAAUUGCCAAAACUAAAUAUAGGAAAAAUUGUGGCUUUCAUCCCCGAGUCAGAGGCAACUUCUGUCCAAGAAGCUCUAGAACUUCUCAAAGCACAGAAUAAGGGUCUCAACACUGAGCAAUGGACGCUAGUUGAUGAGAAGUUAGAAAGUGGGAAGAGUUGGACUGUAACAUUCAUUAUUGACGAGGCAUCGCUUAAGUCACUGGAAGCCCAGGAGUGUCGAGCUGCUAUAGGCUUCACGACAAUGAAUUUUCAAAUCAUUCCCGUAGCUGACAUCCUUAUUAAAUCCGAGAGAUCUGAAACCAGUCAGGAAGCACCCUCGUCCUCAGCAACUACGGCUAAUGUAGCAGAAUCAGUUUCAUCAGUACCUCCACGCCAGGGCAAUAAACAAAUAUCCAAAGAACCUUCAACCCUGACAGCAACAGUUACCCCAAUACUUCGCGCUAAUUGCGGUUCCCGAUCGGUUGUCCAGAAUUCAAAUUCUAUAACCACUCUAAUUACCCAGAAUAAUAGCCAAGGAGCUGAUACGGGCAUGCCCCCGAUAGGUUAUAUAAAACAUAUGCUUCAAGAUGCCAAAGACAGGAUUGAAGAAAUUAAACAAAAGAGAAUUUCCGAUAGAAGAUCUAGAUGGGGCAGAUGGGAUGAGCCGCCAACCGCACGACAGAAGAUGUUAGAAGCUAAGAACAGGAAUACUGCUCAGCCGAUCACCGAGGACUUACGCCGGAGGGAAGAGACUUCGACGUCAGCUACAGCUCAAGCCUUUAGUGCCCCUACUGCGGUUGCCCUGGACAGAAAUGCAACAGGAGGCAUCACAGUAAUACAACAAAACUUUCCUGUUUUACCAACUCCAGCUAAUCUCGGUGGAUUUUCUGCUCACACAACUGGAACUAAUCCACAUAUGGUGUCUCAUAGUAUGGAAAUUCCUGGCUUUGGUGUCCCCAAUGCGACUCCUCUCGGUCGAAUUGGGACAGGUGUCACAGUUACAGUACCACAGCAAAAUAGCUUUACUGCAGGAAGCGAAGUAGAAACUAAUCUCGGCGCAUUUUCUGCCCAGGUAACUGGAAGAAAUCCAAAUAUGGUACCUCAUAGUAUGGAAAUUCCAGGCUUUGGUGUGCCCAAUGUGACUACCCUGAGUGGAACUGGGACAGGAAGUGUCAGAAUACCACAGCAAAAUGGCUUUACUGCAGGAAGCGAAAUAGGAACUAAUCUAAAUGCAUUAUCUACCCAGGUAACUGGAAGAAGUCUAACUAUGAUGCCUCCUAAUACGGUAAUUCCAGGCUUUGGUGUCCCCAAUGCAGCUACUAUGGGAGGAAGCGGGAUAGGCGGCAUAACACAACAAAAUGUCUUUUCCGCUCCAGCUAGCCAAACGCAAGAUAUGGACUACUUUCUCGGCCCUGGUGGAGGCUCUCAGUUUGUUCAGAAUCAAAUGAUGAGUCAAAACCCUGUCGACUAUGGUGGCGUGCCAUUAGGCCAAAACAUGAGUGGCGAUGCAGCUUAUCCACAGAACAUGGCCCUUGCAACGAUGUACCCAUACUCAAAUCCACAGUACUAUAUGAAUUGUUACCAAGAUUCCCAAGCUGCGAUGUCAAUGCUUAAUCAGGAUAGUGGUCAGCAAGGCCCAGUCGCUCAAUUAUCGAGGAACAAUAAUGGAUCUGAAAGGAGCAAGGACUCUAGUCCAACUGAAGAACUUUCUGAAGAGGGAUAUAGAUCCUGGAUCAUAGAGGAAACCAAAAGAUUUGCAUCAAAUUUGGAAGAUCACAGUUCUUUGGCGUCUAAAAGAGCAUUGUCACCAACACCAUCACGACCACUGCCGCCAACGCCAUCACCACCACCGCCACCAAUUAUAGGCAAUUAUGGUAGCCCAAUGGACCAAGAUCCUGAUCGCGGGUCUCCAUUUGAUCAGGAUAGUAGGGGAUCAUACCAAGACAUGCAUUCAAGAUCAUAUAUGGAACGGCUAUCUCCUCAAGCUAGUGAUAGACACUCUCCUAAUUAUAGAAGGCGCUCGUAUGAUCGAGAUAGCAUUUCAAGAUUCGAUACCCGACAGUCGCCUCAAGCUAAGAGCGAUAGAGACUCGGAUAUCGAGGAUUAUGAAAGUUACAAAAGAAGCCAGACAAUUAGAGAAAUAAAAGAGGAACAGGUCAGUCCCCCACAUGAGUUAAGGUCGCCGGAGAGACGAAGUGGUUGUAGACCCCAAAAUACCGAGGACUCGGAAAGCUAUGAAAGUAGCUGGCGUAGUACGGAGAAGAGCGAUCGGGACGUACCUUCAAGACCAAAUAGGGCAUCGCCGCAAUCAAGGAGAGAUUAUGAAGACAGAGAAAUUAUGGAGGCUAUAUGGAGUCUAAUGGAAAGGAGUGAAAGAUCAGACAGAAGAUCGCCGCAACCAAGGAUAGAUUAUAGACCCCGGAAUAUCGAGGACUCUGAAUCUGAAUCCGAUGAAAGGACCCGGAGUAGUAGAGAGAAAAGAGAUGAUUUGGACGGAUCUUUAAGACCCGAAAGAAGAUCACCACAACCAAUGAAAGAUUAUACACCCCGGAAUAUCGAGGGUUCUGAAAACAAUGAAAGGAGCCGGUGUAAUAGAGAAGAAACAGAUGAUUUGAACAGAUCCUUAAAAUCCUCAAGAAGAUCACCACAACCAAUGAAAGAUUAUAGACUCCGGCAUAUUGAAAACUCGGAAACUAAUGAAAGGAACCGGAGUAGUAGGGAGGAAAGAUCCUUAAUACCAGGUAGGAAAUCCCCGCAACCAAUGAAAGAUUAUAGACCCCAAAAUAUCGAAGGCUCUGAAAUCAAUCAAAUGAGCCAGACUAAUAGGGAGGAAAGAGAUGUUUUGGACAAAUCCCUGAGACCCAAUAGACAAUCACCACAACCAAGGAGAGAUUAUACACCCCGCAAUAUCGAGAGUUCUAAAACCAAUCAAAUGAGCCAGAUUAAUAGGGAGGAAAGAGAUGUUUUGGAUAAAUCCCUGAGACCCGAUAGAAAAUCACCACAACCAAGGAGAGAUUAUUUACCCCGUAACAUCGAGGCCUCUGAAACCAAUCAAACGAGCCAGAUUAAUAGGGAGGAAAGUGAUGUUUUGGACAAAUCCGUGAGACCCAAUAGACAAUCACCGCAACUGAGGUUAGAAGAUAGACCCCGGAAUAUCGAGGAAUCUGAAAUCAAUGAACAGAGGAGUAGGGAGGAAAGAGAUCUGGACAGACCUGACAGAAAAUCCCCGCAUCCAAGGAUAGAUAAUAGGCCCCGAAAUAUCGAGGGGUCUGAAAUCAAUCAAAUAAGCCAGAGAAAUAGAGAGGAAAGAGAUGUUUUGGACAAAUUCCUGAGACCCGAUAGAAAAUCACCACAACCAAGGAGAGGCUUUAGGCCUCGCAAGGAAGAGGAUGUUCGGGACAGAUCCCCAAGACGACAUAGAAGAUCGCCUCAACCAAGGAGAGAUAACAGACCCCGGAUUAUCGAAAGCUAUGAAACAACUCGAAUUAGAAGGGAAAGGUUAAUCGAUCGGAACAGACCAAGGUUAAAUAUACCACCUCCAGUAAGAAGCGGUUUUAGACGCGAGAAUAUUCAGGACUCUCGCGCUAGGUUCCAAGAUAGGCGGCGAGAAGGCCCAGGAACUUGGAACAAAGGAAUUCCGAGGCCGAGAGAGAGGGAUGGACAUGUUCGAGACAGGUCUCCAGUCACGUCAAGAUCAACAGCAAGACCGCGAGAAAUCCGGAGGCCCGAUAUGCGGCCGCGGCGGUAGACACACACUCAGCAUCGGCAGCGUGCUCAUUGUUAACCUGAAAAGUUGUAUUGGAGUUUGGAGAGCACGACUGAGUUGCUAGUCGUGCACAUUCAACCUCCAGGGACAGAUCUCCGAGAUGGCCUUCCAGCUUCCAGUAUUCUUCUUCGUGUAUUUUUUUUAAGUCAGAGGAAGUAGAGGUUUGUUAAAAGCCGUCCGACUGAAAUUGACUGAAUCUUAGUCUGUCACGUGGCAUAUACACUAGCUCAGCUCAUCUGUUGCCUUGGAAAGGUGAGAACAGGAUGCUGAAAGUAUAGUGCUUGACCGCCGAGCAGACUUUCCAGCGGUAGCGAUAGCGCCCUCAGAUGCCUAGUUAAUCACUGUAUGUAUUCCUUUGUUUAUAAUUAUAUUCGUUAGAAAGAGAGGCAAACAGCGAUUACUAAAGCUUUUUAUUAUAAUACGCGACGCGAAGAUUAAAAUAUAUCUAAAACUUUAA